CUUCGUUGUCUCUGAUUGGUUUAAGAAGUUUAAUGACGGAAAAAGCUUAAGGUUCAAUGUUGAGAGCUGCUGGGCGGGCUUGGUUUAAAAUGUGCAUGAGACCUGGAAGAUAUGGCUUUUAGUAAGAGCUCUGCAAAACGCGAUAUAAUUGCCAGAUUAUCCAAUAUCAAUAUAAACACAGACAAAAAGACCCCUCAAAAAAAUACUUACAUUACUCCUGUAUUCGGAGGUACUUGCGAAGAAACUUUAGUUGGUGAACACGCACUUAGGCAGAAUGCUGGGAAAUAUUUCAUGCAAGACCACCAAGUGCUGGGGAUGGUUUUGCCGAAUGUCACUUAUGAUGUGUCUGAUGAGCUUUCCUAUGAUAAAACUAUGAGCAGUCAGUGCUACAACAAAGUCGCAAAACAGCCUUUUCGACAAGGUGACGACAGCCUCCUCAUUGGAAUUUCACAGAACGCCACUUACGAAGUACCGAACGAUCUCCAGACAACAUCCCAUUCUGCUUUUCUGUGCAGCCACUGCAAUACGGUGAUGGGGGAUUCUCUUAAUACGUGCGGAGACGACAAACGACUGAACGUGAUCAUCUGCCUCAAGGUUACUGAUGAUGUGGUGGUAGAAGAUGAGCUGCAGUUUGGGCUGCAAGGAAAAGUCUCUGGAUGUGUCUAUAAACCCCUGCAGUGUGGAUGCUGCCAGUCCGCUGUGGGCAUGGUGCUGCACUCCACUGCCAGAGCUUUCACCUCUCUCAGGAAACUCUUUCUCCUUCACAAGGAGAACAUCAGCUGCUAUGUCUUGCAGUCUAGAAAUAUGGUUCCAGCUACUGAGAUGAACUUUGAACUCAAAACUUCACAGAUGGCUAUUAAAGAGUUAAAGCAGGAGCUUGUGGAUUUGAACAACAGGCUGGAGUUAGUUGAGCAAAGAUUAGGCCAUGGUUUUACACAAGAUGCCACCCUUACCAUGGAGAUGACCCGGAAAUAACCUCUCCAGAGCCAGCCAUGCUUCCACACGGUUACCGCUGUUUACCCAUCUGCUUUUCAGCUCCAUAGCCACAUGUUCUUUGUGUUGCUGCUGUUGUGUUUUAAUACAAUGUCAUUCAAAAUAAUAGGUUUCCACAAAACAAAUGUUACUGUCAAACUGUGUACAUAAAAAGGAAAGACCAACCAUACAGUCCUAUAUCCCACUGGCACACACUGAAAUUCAAACAUCUACUGUGAAUUAUAAUCGAGUCCAAAAAGCAUCCCCACCUCUACAGAUGUACCCAUUUCAGCAUGAGCGCUGUCAUUCUAAAUUAUAACCGUCAUGUAAAUCAGUUUUGCUCAAAAGUGAAGGGGUAACUUGAUUUGUUCAGUUUAUUUAUUUUCAGUUACCGCUGUUUAUCCAUCUGCUUUUCACUUACAGAAAUGCUAUCUAGUUCCAUAGCCAAAUGUUGUUGUUUUGUUGUUGUUGCUGCUGCUGUUGUUUUAAUAAAAUGUAAUUCUAAAUAAUGUU